AGCUGUGAUUCUGUGACGGACCGGCGGAAGUUAUCUCGCAAGAGCUAGCUAGACAUCCUACUUAUACAGCGUCCGAUCUUCUUGAGCCAGUGGAUUCCAUUUCACCAUUGUUAACGGUGGUCCGCGGCAGCGACAAGGGAUCGUUUUCUAUAUUCUCCAACGUUAGCGGCAGAAGCAGAUCGAUUGUCCUCUGGUCUCAGAACAAUUGAUAGAAGAACAACGUUUGGCACUCAAGCGGCUGGACUGUUCAAUCCUAAGGAAGCAUCUCAAUCUUGAAAGUAAACAGCAAGUGUAAUGGCUGCUAUGGACUUUACCUGCCUUCACCCAGUGAAGUUGCUUCCUCACAAGGGCCAGCUCUGUCUCUUUUCUUCUCCUGUAAGACAGAAGUAUCAGAGCAUCAAAUUUACCAGAAUUCAACAACAAGGAUAUCCCCUUAUUGCUUCUUGUCUUCCAAUAUCAGAUAAAGUUGUCUCCCCUGCACCCGAGAUCGACUUGUUACUGAACAGGGUCAAAUGGGAUGACAAAGGUUUGGCUGUUGCUAUAGCCCAGAACAUAGACACAGGAGCCAUCUUAAUGCAAGGGUUUGUGAACAAGGAAGCCUUGGAAGUUACCAUUUCCUCGCGCAAGGCAACAUUCUAUAGCAGGUCGAGGUCAAAAUUAUGGAUCAAGGGAGAGACGUCUAUGAACUUCAUUCAAGUUAAUGAAAUAUUUUUUGAUUGUGACUAUGAUUCUAUAAUAUAUCUUGGAAAGCCUGAUGGUCCUACUUGCCAUACAGGGGCGGAGACUUGUUACUACACUUCGGUGUUUGAUUCGUUAAAGAAUCCACAGGUUGAAGAAAAAGGGGUUGCUUUGACCACUCUGUAUUCCCUUGAAUCAAUUAUAUCUCAACGGAAAGAAGAGCUGUCACUGCCGGUGGAAGGGAAACCAUCAUGGACAAGGCGUUUAUUGACUAACGAUAAAUUGCUCUGCUCGAAAAUCAGGGAAGAAGCAGACGAGCUUUGUAGAACUCUAGAGGAAAAUGAGGAUGAAACUCGGACAGCCUCAGAGAUGGCGGAUGUUCUUUACCAUUCGAUGGCCCUGUUGGGACUUAGAGGUGUGAAAGUCGAAGAUGUUAUGGAGAUCUUGAGGAAACGCUUCUCAAAAUCAGGUAUUGAGGAGAAGGAAAACCGUCGCAAGUAGUAGGACUUACUUGCUGCAUUAUUUGUAUUAAGAUAAUCUUUCUGAGUAUUUUCAUUCUCUUUGUUAACUGUUUAUUGUUAUUCAUCUGGAUAAAAUGAUACAAUUUUUUGUUUGUUUUAUGUUUUAUGGUAGGGAAUAAUAAUACAUUUAUUUCCUGUU